AUGGCCAGCCCCGCGCCCUUGGUGGCCUCCAUUAGCCCCCAAAUGGUGGCUCUGCAGACCCUGCAGCUGUUGCAGCAGGAGUGGGGUUGGGGGGACGGUCCGGGCGCCUCUGGGAGCCCGCGCGACCCGGACCACGCGUCCGCCGCCCCGGCCCGUCGCUCAGGCCAGAGCCGGCCUGGGCGGGGUCCGGGCGCCGGGAGGGGGCGGCGGGGCUCCCCAGAGAUGGAGGCGGUGCGAGGCGCCGAGGGAGGCGCGGAGCUGCUGCCCUUCCCCCGGGCCCGCGGGCCCUGCGCCCCGGCCCGGAUGGCGAUGCGCAGCGCGCUGGCCAGCGUGGUGGACUCGACCUCGGAGCUGGUCAGCGUGGAGCAGACGCUGCUGGGCCCCCUGCUGCAGGAGCGCGCCUUUCCCAUUUACCUGAAGGAUAGUGUUGAGUUUAGAAACAUCUGCAGUCCUCUGGCUCUACAGAUUGAAGGACAGCAGUUUGACAGAGACUUGACUGCUGCCCACCAGUGUUUGAAGACAAUAGUCAAGAAGCUGAUUCAGUCGCUUCCUUCGGAUUCGCACGUGGAGCUUGUGCUUCCUUGAGACAGAUCUUACAGAAUCACCCAGGUGCAUGAGUGUUAAAGACACCAGGGUUAAAACCACGCCUAGCGCUACUAAAAGAACUAUGGACUUGGCCUUUCUAAUUAAAUCAGCAGACAAUGGGUGUUUCGUCACCAGUAAGGAGAGCCGUGAGAGCAUCUGUAGCUGUGUGACCAGUGGCAUCUGCGGCCUUCAGAAUUCUAGCAUGUCGGUGAAGUUUUUAAAAACAGUAUUUCACAUUUUCAAGUAUGUUGACAUCUUUGCUGACUUUUUGAUGGAAAUAUAUUCUACUUUAUGCAGCUGAAUGGAUU